UGGCCCGACGCUCACUCAAAAUCCAUUCAUAAAUAAGACAUUUGAGGCAUAGUUACAUUAGAUAAAUAAUUUCAGGACAUAAAUGUGUUAACGUUUUUAGCGAACAAUUGCAAGAAACUCGCAGCAAAAAUAGUUUACAUCCUAGUCAGCGCAUUCGACUCGGCGACGUUGUGAGAGCAAAAGUGACUUCCGACUAGUGACCCCCCUUCUGCAGCUAUGGUUAUGACUUUAUCUGCGUUUCACCAGGAAGCUGCUUAGUUCAUUCUGUGUUCAGAACAUUUGUCUACAGAACCUCUUGUUCGCUUUAUUCCAAGGGAUUGUCGUUCAUGUGUAGCCAAAUCUAGUCUAAUUCCGUUUAGCACAAAUUAUCCGCUGUUUUCAAUGUCUGCCUGUCCGCCUCCAUCUUUCCGGUUUUACUGAAAGUAAGUGAAACCGAGGACUGAAAUACCAAUGGAACGGUGAGUUAUGAUGGCAGCUAAAGAAGAGCUUUACACCAAAGUCACCCCGCGGAGGCAGCGCCAGAAUCGAUCGGGCACUGUAAAACAUGGGUCAAGUCUGGACGUGCUGCUGUCGAUGGGAUUCCCCAAGACCAGGGCGCUAAAAGCUCUGGUGUCUACGGGAGGCAGAAAUGUGCAGGCAGCCUGUGAUUGGUUGUUCUCUCAUGUGGACGACCCAUUUCUGGACGACCCUCUCCCCAGGGAGUAUGUGUUGUACCUGCGCCCCAGCGGCCCCCUGCUCCACCAGCUCAGCACUUUCUGGCAGCAGUCACGGGUCACCUGCGGCAAGAACAAGGCCCACAACAUCUUCCCGCACAUCACCCUCUGCCAGUUCUUCAUGUGUGCGGACGGUAAGGUGGAGGCACUGAGUGAGGCCCUACAAGCUACAGUGGGGUCGUGGAGGGGUCGUUUCCCUACCCCUCUCCCCCUGGAGCUCUACACCUCUUCCAACUUCAUAGGCCUCUUUGUGGAGGAGCAGGUGGCAGAAGUGCUCAAGGACUUUGCCGCUGACUUCGCUACGGAGGCGGCUACUAAAGCAGAUGUGCACGUGGAGCCCCAUAAGAAGCAGCUCCAUGUGACCCUGGCCUACCACUUCCAGACCAAUCACCUGGCUGCCUUGGAGAAGCUGGCCAAGGGAGUGGACGUGUCGCUGGGCUGCGAUUGGCUGGCCGUGCUCUUCUCCCGGGACAUCCGAUUUGCCAACCACGAGACGCUGCGGGUGAUGUACCCAUACGUGCCCCAGAACGAGGACGAGCUAGAGCUUGCGCCUGGCGACUUUAUCUUCAUGACCCCCGUGGAGCAGGGUAGUGCCAGCGAGGGCUGGGUCUAUGGCACCUCUCUGGGCACUGGGCUACCUGGACUGCUGCCUGAGAACUAUGUCAGGCGGGCAGAUGAGUGUGACACCUGGGUAUUCCAUGGAUCUCACUCUUUCAGCAACCCAGCCUCCCCGUCCAACGCUGGCGGUGCAGUGGGCGGCCUGUUAUUUGAUGGACAGCUGGACGGACGUUUUCUUGACGACCCUGGAGAUCCAUCCAGCCUCACUGUCCUCUGUCCACCUGUCCAGAUGCUGAGGCCCACCACUCAGUCAUGUCUUCCCAAGAGGAGUCUGUUUGUGUGUCGCCAUGGUGAGAGGAUGGAUGUAGUGUUUGGGAAACACUGGAUCACUCAGUGCUUUGAUGCUAAAGGCCGAUAUGUUCGCUCCAACCUCAACAUGCCGUCUAGUUUGCCAACGAGGAGUGGAGGCUUCCGAGACUACGACAAAGACUGUCCAAUCACAGUGUUCGGCUCCACUCAGGCCCGCCUUGUGGGUGAAGCCCUGUUGGAGAGCCAAGCGGUGAUAGAUUUUGUGUACUGUUCUCCCUCGCUACGCUGUGUCCAGACUGCCCACAACAUCCUCAGAGGCCUGCAGCAGGAGGGGAAGACUAAGAUCCGUAUAGAGCCUGGUCUGUUUGAGUGGACCAAGUGGGUGUCUGGCACCUCUCUCCCUGCCUGGAUCCCGCCCACUGACAUGGCUGCUGCUAGCCUGUGUGUGGACACAACCUACAGACCUCAUAUUCCCAUCAGCAAGCUUGGCGUGUCAGAGUCCUAUGACACCUACAUCAGCCGGAGCUUCCAGGUCACCAGGGAGAUUCUGACAGAGUGCAAAAACCUGGGAAACACUGUGCUGAUCGUGGCCCAUGCUUCCUCCCUGGAGGCAUGUACUCGCCAGAUGCAGGGCCUCAGCCCACAGAACGCCAAGGACUUUGUACAAGUGGUCAGGAAGAUUCCUUACCUAGGUUUCUGUGCGGCUGAGGAGAUGGGGGAGACGGGGGUGUGGCAGCUGGUGGACCCGCCCAUCCUUCCAUUAACCCACGGGCCCAAUCACAGCUUCAAUUGGAGGGAGACGCUACAGCAGGACUGAGGAAUUCCUGCCCACGCCCCCACCUCCCAGCAGCCCAGAGAGACACUGCUGAGCUAAGACGGAUGCAGCUAACGCAAGCGCAAAGCAAACAUUUCCUCUGCUAUCUAACUAGCGCGGUAAACGUACACACACACACACACAUCGCUAUCAAAACCAGACCAAAAAUGCCACGCCUUCCAUCGCAUAUGCUGUGUAAAACACACUCAUUGAAUGAGUCUAUAUACACUGAGGGUACAAAACAUUAGGAAUGCCUUCCUAGUAUUGAGUUGAACAGCCUCAAUUCGUUGGGGCGUGGACUCUACCAGAUGUCGAAAGCGUUCCACAGGGAUGCUGGCCCAUGUUGAUUCCUAUGCUUCCCACAGUUGUGUCAAGUUGGCUGGAUGUCCUUUGGCUGGUGGACCAAUGGUUGAUACACACGGCAAACUAUUGAGCAUGAAAAACCCAGCAGCGUUGCAGUUCUUUACACACUCAAACCGGAGCGCCUGGCACUUGCAACCAUACCUCGUUCAAAGGCACUUCAAUAUUUUGUCUUGCCCAUUCACCCUCUGAAUGGCACACAUACAUAAUCCAUGUCUCAAGGCUUAAAAAUCCUUCUUUAACCUGUGUCCUCCCCUUCGUCUACACUGAUUGAAGUGGAUUUAACAGGUGUCAUCAAUAAGGGAUCAUAGCUUUCACCUGGAUUCACCUGGUCAGUUUGUCAUGGAAAGAGCAGGCGUACCUAAUAUGUUGUACAAUCAGUGUAUAUUGCAGCAUUGAGAUAUAUAUAAACACUACCGUUCUAAAGUUUGGGGUCACUUAGAAAUGUCGGUGUUUUUGAAAGAAAAGCGCUUUCCCCCCCAUUUCAAAUAACAUCAAAUUGAUCAGAAAUACAGUGUAGACAUUGUUAAUGUUGUAAAUGACUAUUGUAGCUGGAAACGGCAGCUUUUUUUUAUUUUAUGGAAUAUCUCCAUAGGUGUACAGAGGCCCAUUAUCAGCAACCAUCACUCCUGUGUUUCAAUGGCACAUUGUGUUGGCUAAUCCAAGUUUAUUAUUUGAAAAGGCUAAUUGAUCAUUAGAAAACCCUUUUGCAAUUAUGUUAGCAUAGCUGACAACUGUUGUACUGAUUAAAGAAGCAAUAAAAUUGACCGCCUUCAGACUAGUUGCGUAUCUGGAGCAUCAGCAUUUGUGGGCUCGAUUACAGGCUUAAAAUGGCCAGAAACAAAGAACUUCUUCUGAAACUUGUCAGUCUAUUCUUGUUCUGAGAAAUUAAGGCUAUUCCAUGCGAGAAACUGCCAAGAAACUGAAGAUCUCGUACAAUGCUAUGAACUACUCCCUUCACAGAACAGCGCAAACUGGCCCUAACCAGAAUAGAAAGAGGGGUGGGAGGUCCCGGUGUACAACUGAGCAAGAGGACAAGUAUAUUAGAGUGUCUAGUUUGAGAAACAGACGCCUCACAAGUCCUCAACUGGCAGCUUCAUUAAAUUAUACCCGCAAAACACUCCGGGAUGCUGGCCUUCUAGGCGGAGUUCCUCUGUCCAGUGUCUGUGUUCCUUUUCCCAUCUUAAUCUUUAUUUUAUUGGCCAGUCUGAGAUAUGGCUUUUUCUUUGCAACUCUGCUUAGAAGGCCAGCAUCCCAGAGUCACCUCUUCACUGUUGACGUUGAGACUGGUGUUUUGCAGGUAUAAUUUAAUGAAGCUGCCAGUUGAGGACUUGUUUGAGAAACAGACGCCUCACUAGACACUCUAAUAUACUUGUCCUCUUGCUCAGUUGUACACCGGGACCUCCCACUCCUCUUUCUAUUCUGGUUAGAGCCAGUUUGCGCUGUUCUGUGAAGGGAGUAGUUCAUAGCGUUGUACGAGAUCUUCAGUUUCUUUGCAAUUUCUCGCAUGGAAUAGACUGUAAUUCCUGUAAUUGAACCCACAAAUGCUGAUGCUCCAGAUACUCAACUAGUCUAAAGAAGGACAGUUUUAUUGCUUCUUUAAUCAGAACAACAGUUGUCAGCUGUGCUAACAUAAUUGCAAAAUGGUUUUCUAAUGAUCAAUUAGCCUUUUUAAAAUUAGAAACUUGGAUUAGCUAACACAAUGUGCCGUUGGAACACAGGAGCGAUGGUUGCUGGUAAUGGGCCUUUGUACACCUAUGUAGAUAUUCCAUAAAAAAAUCUGCUGUUUCCAGCUACAAUAGUCAUUUACAACAUUAACAAGGUUUACACUGUAUUUCUGAUCAAUUUGAUGUUAUACUAUAUUUUGAACGGUAGUGUAUAUUUAUAGAAUAUAUUGGUAUGUAUUGAAGAUGUAUGCUUUAAUGCACUAUUUGUGAAUGGGGAGGUGUGUGUAUUGGCCAGAGCACAAAGGACAGGAGCAGGGUAGCAAAAUCUCUGCAAGUUGCCCUUUCCCCUCCCUUCCCUAUGCCUCACUGAAUGGGGAGAGCGCUUCGUGACAACGUGUCAUAUUUCAGAGCAGUUGUUGGUGGCUAACAAACUUAGGUUGGGUCGUGUCAUGAGAAGGGGAUGUUUCAGACAGUGCUGCCUGGGGCCUCUACCCAGCCGACGCUUUGGUGCCACCUUUUUCUUUUUUUAAACAUGGCCGCUUUCUCAUACACUGUGACGAGAAGAGACCUGCACACGAAACCCCUUGUCUGCUAGAAUCUUCCAUGGCUCUGAAAAUGUGACGUUCAAUGUACUCAGUCAUUUCACCCGCUGCAUAAACCCUCCUCAAAAAGCACAAAUCUAGGCCUGAAUCUUGACAAUCAGAUGAGAGCUGUCACUUUUAGCUUUAGGGUCGAGACGGCUAGGUCAACCCUCCAACCAUCCCUCAGCAACUCCAACCUAGCCGUUAAACGCUUAGUUUAAAGACGUUUGUUUGGAAAGGGUUAAACGUUCACGCUUUUAACAUUUAUUUGUUUUUGUUUUUUACAUUUGUGCAGCGCACAUGCUGUUAAAUGACAAAAGUGUUCAUGUUUGUUAGCACAACUAAGAAAAUGACAUGCAGGUAUGUCCAACCAAUGAAGGCAGAGGGACGAUGUCACGAGCAGUUCUACAUAUCAACCAGUACCACGUGUUUUGGGACAGCUAGCUACUGCACAUGAGACACCUAGGAUGUAGCCAACCAACCAACUACUCUUGCCGUCUGAAUUAUGAUUUUUAUCAAGGUGGAACAGAAAUGGAGAUGGUUGACAGUCAUCGUAGAUGUCUUGAGAAGAAUCGUUCGAUCCUAAGGAUCCUUCUCAGAACCUGUUAUAAGCAGUGUUGUGUUAAAAAGCACCAGCAUAUUUUCAGACUUUUUUUCUUCCUCAAUGUAUGUCUGCUUUCCUUUUCCUUAUAUAGUGACCUAUGAGUGGAGACCUGGUAAAUGUGCAAUGUAACCCAUACAGCCUCCCCCUACUCCGCCCCAAAUGUCACUUUUGCUCAAACCGCAGACUAAACAGUACAUUAAACCAUCAACAUUGAGAUGCUGACUCUGUAAGGACUUAUUAUUAAUCUAUUGCCGAUAUCACUUAAAAAUGUGUUUUGCCAUGAUGAUCAGUCAUAUCACAAAUAUGUCUUCAUUUGAGGCCAACUGUGUUUCGGUCUCUCUGCAAAGAUGACCAAAGUAAUAACUUGUCUCUUUCUUUCACAACCUGAUAAGUCAUUAGUAACCAUCUACAGUAUAACAAAGCAUUGUGCUUGCCACAACAUGGCUGCAAACACAAUAUGCUGGCAGAAGUGGGAAAAGGUGAUCUUAUAAAUUAAAACAAUGCUUGUCACGCUCCCCCCUCUCUCUCUCGCUUCUGUCUCUUCCUCUCACUCUCACUGUUUCUCUCUCUCUCCUCUUUACUGUGCUCUAUGCCAUUUCUUUGCACAGAGCACAGAAAGCUCUUCUCAGGACUCUCCCAUUGUCUGUGUUUAGUCAGUGAUAUGUUUGCUAGAUUAGAAAGUUAUUUGAAUAUGUUGAAAGAUUGGAUAUUUAAGUUUAUUUUAAAUGUACGUGAUUGCCUAUAUGAACAGGGGCAUCACUAUUAUUGAAAAAAAAAGGAUAUCAUGAUAUGGUUGUCAAAUGUAUGUACGAUAUAUAUACAACAGCCUUCAAAUGAUAAUGUAUGAAACCAUUCAUUUAUAUUGUAAAGGAGUGAAUGCAUUAUUGAAUGAGUGAAGAAAACGUAUUAUUGGUUAGAAGAAGUUACAGAUACUUUUUUCCGUGCUGAGUUUAUUCCCUUUACUUGGUUUUGCAACUUCACUUUACUCUCACACUGUUUCGUCCAUCCUACUUGAGUUGGCAGUACUCCAUCUAUUUAAGUCGUCAGUACUCUACACAGUCGAGUCUUCCCACAUUACCGUUAACUUGUUUUGUUGUCAUUUAAUGGGGGAAAAUUAGUUCAUAUUAAUAAUAACCACCUCCUCUGCGCUGAGCCAAAUUGCUCUCACUAUUUCCACAAGUGCUCUCCAUGCAAAAAGGGGAAAUAAAACAAGCUCAAACUAUACAUGAAAAAAAUCCUGUUAAACUGUUAUGUAUUUAUUGUUUUAAGAUGUAUGCAUUACACAGUGUUCCAGAAGAUUGUGUAUUAUAUUUUGUUGCAAAUGACUGCCUCUGUAAUGAUAAGGAUUGUGAAAAUGACAGUGAUCAUGAACUGCUUAAGAAAUAUAAAAAUGAUUUGCAAAUGUUU